GCUUGUAAACAGAUCCUCCCACGUGACCCAGCGUCGAGCAUCUCGAGCCGAGUCGAGUCCGCAUUGUCUCGCGACAGCUCGUGAUAAAAAAGGACCAAAACAAGAGAAGCGAGCGGCGGAGUUUCGGUGAGUAACGGAGGGAAUAAACGGUGAGGAUGAAGAGAAACGCUUUUAAUCAGGCGCACGGGAGUCGGGGAGCUGCACGGGAGUGUUGCUGUUCUUCUUUAGCCUGUUAGCGAGUUCACUGUCGCUCGUUUUGUCUUGAUUUCUAUUUAUUACCGACAGCAGCUCGAGGCUGAGUGAGUGAGUGAACCGAGCGUCCGUCCUCUCUGCGUGGCUGAUCGGUUACAGCGGCUUUGUUUUCGUUAGUCCGAUGUCAUUCACCAUGGAGGAGUCUCUGGAGUCCGGCUGGGUCUCGGUGAGGCCGAACGCGUUCGAUGAGAAGGAGAAACACAAGUUUGUUUUCAUCGUGGCCUGGAACGACAUCGAGGGAAAGUUCGCGCUCACGUGCCACGACCGGACCGUGCAGAAGCGGAGCGCGGCGGCGCGAGACCCCGUGCACGCGGAACGACAGCCGGAGGAAACCACCGGGAAACCGGAGGGUCAGAGACGCUCAUCCGCACCGAGGAGUCCCGCAAAGGAACCCGGCAAAGGCAAAGAGAAGAGUGAAGGAACUGCCCGGCAUUUGCUGGCCAAAAGUCAAAGCUCAUCAAAAAGUCCAAUCCAUGAAAAAUCAUCGGAUAGAUCCAAGCCCACAAGAAGUCCCAGUAAAACGCCUGGUACCUUAUCCAGUACCGGUGACAUCGAGGCCCCGGAGCCUACGUCCAUAGUCGACGUGAGAUCGCCGGCGGACGACCCCGAGGACUCCGACUCCAUCGUCAUAUUCGGCGGCGACUCGAGCUGGGCCGGCCUGUUCUCGUUCCAAGACCUGCGGACGGCGCACACGCAGCUCUGUGCCGUCAACUCGGACCUGGAGCCGUGCCUUCCGCUCUUCCCCGAGGAGCAGUCGGCCGUGUGGUCGGUCUUCUUCGGGGUCUCCGAGGUCACGCAGAGGGAAAUGGAGGCGCUGUGCUACCAGCUGCAGGUUUAUCUGGGCCACGCGCUGGACACGUGCGGCUGGAAGAUCCUCUCGCAGGUCCUGUUCGCCGACGGGGACGACUCGGAGGAGUACUACGAGAGUCUGAGCGAGCUGCGCCAGAAAGGGUACGAGGACGCCCUGCAACGGACCAAGAAGCGCCUGCACGAGCUGUUGGAGAAGCAGCGCGGUAUGGAGAGCAUGGUGGACCUGCUACAGCUGUACUCGGAGCAGGACGAGGCGUACGGGGACCUGGUGGAGGCCACCACCGAGCUCUACCACUACUUACUGCAGCCCUUCAGAGACAUGAGAGAGCUCGCCAUGCUGCGCCGACAGCAGAUAAAGAUCUCUCUGGAGACCGAGUACCUGGGCCCACGGCGGGUAGAGGCAUUCCGCAGAGAAGACGAGGACUGGCAGAGGAAGGCCCACAUGGCCGUGCUCUCCAUUCAGGACCUCACCGUCAAGUACUUCGAGAACACCGCACGGGCACAAAAAGUGAUGUACGAGCGCAUGCGCGCCGACGAGAGGAAGUUCGGGAAGGCGGCGUGGGGCGCAGCGGUGGAGCGCAUGGAGAAACUGCAGUACGCCGUUUCCAAGGAAACUCUGCAACUGAUGCGUGCCAAAGAGAUCUGCCUGGAACAGAGGAAGCACGGCCUGCGAGAGGAGAUGCAGGGCCUGCAGGGUGGCGAGGAUGCCAUGGCCCGUCUGGAUCAUCUGGAGGCUCUGUACUACGAGCUGCAGCUGCAGCUCUACGAGAUCCAGUUCGAGAUCCUGAAGUACGAGGAGCUGCUGCUGACCGCGCAGUUGCAGAGCCUGCGCAGACAGAUGACGGAGAGACAGGACGAGGUGGUCUACUACGACACGUACGAGAGUCCCGACGCCCUACAGGCCACUGACGACGCGUCUCUCGUCCACUCGCCCCUCCGAGAGGAGCUGAUCCAGCUGCAGCAGAGGACGCGGCAGCUUGAGGCCAGGAGGGGACGCAUCACUGCCAAGAAAGCCUACCUCAAAACCAAAAAGGAAAUCUGUAUCGUCAAUCACACCCAGAAGCUCCAGCAGAGGCAGAGCGGCCAAGACUACGACCAGCAGCAGGCUGUACAGCAGGAUGAAGAUGAAGAGGUGAGGAACACACGUGUCAGCCAGGAGAGACAGAAAACCCUGGACAGACUGCGCAGCUUCAAACAGCGCUACCCCGGCCAGGUCACCCUGAAGUCCACGCGACUUCGGUUAGCCUACGCCAGGAAGAAAAACGGCGCCGCCCAACCCUGCGCGCCCACGAAAGCCGAGCCCCCCCAGACGCAGGCGGCCAGCGUGCAGACCGACGACGCGCCCGCUCCUCUCAAGGAUUCCGCGGAUCUCCAGAGGCCCGACGGCUUCGCCUCUCUGCCCCCGACCGUCCCGCCCGUCCAGGAAACCCUCGGACCGGCCUCUCUUCCCACGCUCCUGGACUCGUCCACCUCUCCCAUUUCUCCCCCUCCUCCUCCUCCACUGCCUCCGCCACCUCCUCCUCCUCCUCCCUCUCUGGAGGAUACACCCGAGCAAGGGCAGGGAGAGGGACAGACGGGCAGCCCGGUACACCAGACCAAAGCAGAGAGCCCGCUCGGCCCUUUCACCGCCCGAUAUUUCGACAGCAGCCAGCUGGUGAAUGCUCGCAAGAAGCUGAGGAAGACGUCAUCUCUGGAGUCGUCCCAGUGGCGGAGAGCGUCCUCUCCGAUGGACGAGGUCCUGGCCAGCCUGAAGCGCGGGAGCUUCCACCUGCGCAAGGCCGAGCUGCGCGUGCUCGCCCCGGACCCGGAUGAGGACGACGGGAACAACAUCCUGGCCCAGAUCCGGCGCGGCGUGAAGCUGAGGAAGGUACGGCACCACGAGCAGCAGCAGCGCUACCCCGACACGAGCGACUCGCUCACCCGCAGCAUUCACGAGGCGCUGCGCCGCAUCAAAGAGGCCUCGCCCGAAUCCGAGUCUGAGGACGAGGGCUUGCCGUGUACCGACUGGGAGAGCUAGAUCGCUCGCACGCCUAACACACGGUGUACAUGUUCAUACACACACACACACACACAUCACACACACACGGCUGAAACCUGGAGGCAUAGGACAGACCUGCUCAUCUUCUACACGACCCGCUCACCACUGCUCGGAUCAUCCAGCCUGCGAAGGAAGGGAGAACGUCGGACAGGUUGUUUUGUAGCUGUUUAGCCAUGAUGUGGCUUCUCAUGGUGUGUUUUUACCUCAGCGCUCCACACGUCCUAGUUCUGUCCACACUUAAACCACUGACCACACACACAACCGGGCUUGAGGAGCACGACUGGUUCUGAAUCUGGCUCAGUGACAUAAGAUGCACUUUUAUUGGUGUUUGAUUUGAUUAAAUAUGUCCUGAUUUGAUACCCAGGAUCUAAAUUAGAAACCAGAUUUGAUAUAUUAGUCGAUAUUUUAAAGUUAGGCGUAUUUAAUGCCGUGAAUGUGACUCACAUGAUGCAGAUUAGGAACAUAAACAUGAACCAAAUGAUCACAGUAUUGUUUCAUGUUUCUAGUCAUGUUUGAUUAAUACUUAAACAGUAAAGAAUCAGCUUUAUUCACCAGUCAUGUUUGCACACACAAGUAAUAUGCUCUCUACAGUAUACAGUGUUCCCUUAUAAAUAACUGUAUAGGAAAGUUAUUUUAGAGGACCAAUAGUGCACCAAUGAUGUGACUGUGCUGCAGGUGGUCUAGUUUUUUCUGGCUUUCCCUAUAAAUGGCUUUAAGGAAGGUAAAGUAAAAAAAACAGCCAAACAUCUCGUUGCCUUUACAAUAUAACGUUUUUAUUAAUGUCGCUGGACCGGCUGACAUUUCCUAGUUGGUACGACGGCGUAUUAAUAAAGAGAAUAAAGUGGAAAUAUUAUGGCCAUAUCAACCUCAUGUUAAAAUGAUCUGGUAACGUUAUACUUUCGUAUCGGUUUCACAAAUAAAGUAAUCCCCAAUCUCAUGCACAUCAUCACCAGUUUGUUAUUAGCGUAAGGACGUGCGCCACCGUACUUCAACUGAGGCCCCAACGCCUUACGUACGAUAAACUAAAGCCAUAUGGAAUCGCUAUAAUGGUUGACUUGGCAUUGACUGGUUUCGUCGCCAUGUCAUGUGGAUGGAAGCGUACAAUACAAACAAUUUCCUCGGCUGCUCCCGUAUACGGGUCGCCGGCGGAUCGUGAUCCGCAUUACUGAUUUGGCACAGUUUUUACGCCGGAUGCCCUUCCUGACUCGACCCUCCCUGUUUAUCCGGGCUUGGGACCGGCACUACAAUGCACUGGUUUAUGCAUCCUAGUGGCUGCAUACCUAUAGGACAAUUCAGUAUCUCCAAUUAGCCUGACUGCAUGUUUUUGGACUGUGGGAGGAAACCGGAGCACCCGGAGGAAACCCACACAGACACUGGGAGAACAUGCAAACUCCACCUGGGGAUCGAACCCAGGACCUUCUUGCUGUGAGGCGACAGUGCUACGCCCAAGCGUACAAUACAAACAACCACCCAAAACUGAGAGCCAGGUACUGAGACCCGAGCUUCUCUGCACUGACGAGCCCACGACGGCUGCACACUUAGCCAUAAUAUUUCCACUUUAUUUGUUUUGUGGCUAAACAAUAAAUAAAUGUAAUGUAAUAUAUAAAAUAAAAUGUUGCGGAUGCAGAAAUGCACUUUAUUCAUUUCAUUUCAUCAAUCGCUUUUAUUUUUUAUCCUAGUCAUGGUUGCGACGAUUUUAUUUAUUUUAAUCAGAUUUUUUUUUAUCACCAUUCAAAAAAUCUUAUGUCACUGAUCCACUUAUGAUUUGGUGUCUCGUUUUGUCAUUCCUGAUUUAAAAAAAAACACUCGGCUGCAGAUUCCAUCCAUCGUUUGAACCAGUUUGAACAUUUUGGGAGCAUUUCGGUUUCGAGAGCAUCACAUGGACUCGACGUUUUUUUUAUAUUUUGCACAAACAAUCCGUGUUGUUGGUUUGGCUCGGACCAUAUCGAGGUCGUGGUUCCAAUUCCUUUUAAACGCCCGAAAUUAUUCCUGAGCUGAGAAGCAGGCGCAGAUACAUCAGAUGAUGUUCCAGAUUCAUUAUUAUUAUUAUUAUUAUUAUUUUAUUCAUGUGCUGAUGUUCCUCACGCCUGUAGCACACAGGUCAGUUUAGGAGGAAACAUAAAUAGUGAUGCACUGAUGCCACCUAUAGCCAACAUCUUUAUUUUACCACCCACAAGUGCCGCUUCAUUUACUUUUAUAAUUCUGUUUGAGAUUUUUGUAACUUGAUUUUUCUUUUACCAUGUCUUGCGUACCAUAUAUAAUAUUUUACCCUGUCCUUCUUUUAUUCACUCGGCUGAUCUGCUUUACGUUUAUCCAUCCUGUUUGCUUUGUUUAUUUUGUAUUACUUUCCACGUGUUUGUGGACGUGUGUGUUUUUACAUUUUGCCUGUGACAUGAAGCACAGAAGGCGAGUUUUUAUCCACUUGUGGUUUGAUUAUUUUUUUUUUUUUACAGUUUUUCUUGUAAGGAGUAUCUAUCGACUUAAUUAUAUUAUCAACAAGAAUAUGACGAUCACCAGAGGAGGCAGGAUUUAACUUAAUAGGUUUGUAAUGAACUGGUUGCACUGCUGCUCAUGACGGUGCUACCAUCCUGCCCUGGUGUCCAGUGUUUUCAGAACAAGCUCUGGCAUUUUCAGGCUGUGGCUUUCUUUCUUCAGUCAGAUGUACACGUAAAUGCAGAAAGGCCAAAAACCAAAAAUAGGAAACAGAACCAGCCUAAAGAUUGGAAGAUGUGCAUCUAACUGGUGCCUCCACUAUACGAGUUUAAACAAACCUCUUUUUUCCACAGUUUGGCUUCUCAGCGGUCCUGUCUUGAGACCACUUUAUUUCACGCCCAAUAACGAGGGAGGAAAAAGUAGGAGUAGCGUUCUUAGCUUCUGUUUUAUGAGCUUAUUGAUAGGAAUUCGUCAGCUGGGAUUGCGCAUCUCAAAUCUGCCCAUUACACACCCAAAGAACUAUGUUUAUAUUAUAUUUAUAUCUUUGUUUGCAUGCAUUUCAGUCCAUUUAGGAUUGAAACAUUUGACUAUCCUGACGCCACAGCGAUUCACAAUUUACUCCCUUGAGUCUUAAAAGCCAGAAUUCAUUUACUGAUGAUCUACAAACAGAAUAAAACAUGCCUUUGGUUUCUCAAACACCUCCUACUGUCAUUUAAGACCCAGCAAGCGUGGUUCAUUUUGUGUUCAGGUUUAUCAUGAGGUCAGUAUAAAAUACUCAGCAGCUCUGUGGUAAAACCGUCUGUAUCAGGACAUCAGGACAUUGUUGGUUGUCUCAGUAAAGGAACGCUUUCGUUAAAACCUCGUCCCUUUCAGUCGGAUCUGUAGCUAAAAUCCCUGAGAUGAAAUUAAAAGCGUACUUGUAAUGAACGUCUAAAGGCAGUCGUUUGACUAUGUAACACAGAUUUAAAAUGAACUAUACAUAUAUACGUAUACGUAUGCAGCUCGGCGUAGUGAGAAAUGGUGAGCACUAGAAUCCCGAGCCAACGCGGCGAACGUUUGGGCAAGCUAAGCGGCACCGCCACCCUCCAUAGGAAACGAUGGCACAGCCAAAGCAAGGGCUUCCCCUUCCUGUGUGUCUGAGGAGUGUUCUGUGUAGAUUUGGUAUAAAUCCACUACUGGUCGGUGACUACAUGUGCCUUCGGCUUCUCUUCACCAGUGUGGGUGUUGUGCAAGCAGCUGAAAUCGCCAGAGCACAUAUGGAAGUCCAAUAUAUCUAAACUGGGAUGCAACAGCUUGAUGUAUAAUGUUACGCCUUUUGUAUUUUCACGUCGGGUACUGUUCCAUGAUCUGCUGUUAAUGAGCAUACUGUUUAUUAAUGAUUACUGUGGUUACCAGUGUUAUUUAAUACCUUAUUAUGACCCAAAACAGGAGGUGUUGUUGUUUACCUGCCCAAUUUCUAUCACAAUUCGGGGAAAUUUCAAACCCGGUCAUUAAUUCAGUCAAGCAAAUAGUGUCGUCAUGCCAGUUUAUGCCACACUGGUGUUCAUCGGUUGUUACGUUUUCCACUAUAUAACACAGAAAUAAUAAAAUCAUAUAAUAAAGUCAAAAAAAGCUCCAGCAUCAUAGAGCAUUUUCUUUUACUGAAAAUAGUCAAACGUCCGCGCCCGUUUAAGGCACACUGCAAAUACUGGUGUAAAUAAAGAGCUUAGAGCUUUGUUAACGAAUAACAUUAGAAUAAACACUAAAUGGUCAAAAGUAUUGGGAAACCCUCUUCUAAUUUUUUUAUGUGAUCAUGUGAAUAAGCCACAACAGUUGCUAGCAGGUGUAAUACAUGAUAUGCCUCUUACUUUUCUGCUACAGUUUAGGGAAGGCCCUUUACCUGUUCCACCAUGACUCCUCUGUAAUAUUUAUUAAUUUAAUAAUUAGAAUUUUAACGUCAUGUUUUACACUUUAAUUCCAUUCAUGACAGGGCAGGUUACUGCUUACACAAGAUUCAUCAGUUCAGGUCUUUAGUGUCAAACACAGUCAUUGGACAAUUUAGUGGGAGGAAACCGGAGCUCCUGGAGGAGAAAGGACCCGGACCGCUCCACCUGGGAAUCGAACCCAGGACCUUCUUGCUGAGCAAGACAUAAAGAAAAGCUCUGUCUGCACAGAGCCGUAAGCUCAGCCCUACUGAACAGCUUUGGAAUGAACCGGAACAUCAACUGAGGCUUUCUUGACCAACAUCAGUACCUAGCCAUACAAACACUCUUGGGACUGAAUGGGCACAAAUUCCUGCAGACGCUUUUAUCCAAAGGGACUUACAAUUAUGACUGAAUGGUUUGAGCAAUUGAGGGUUAAGGGCCUUGCUCAGGAGCCCAACAGUGGCAACUUGGUGGUAGUGAGGCCUGAACCUGCAACCUUCUGAUUACUAGUUCAGUACCUUAACCACUGAGCUACUACUGUCCCACUUAGAAGCUUUCUAAGAAGAGUUGCUGUUGUUAUAGCUGAAAAGCUCAGUCAGGUGUUUAAAUACUUUUGGCUUUAUAGUGUAAGAAUUAUGGAAGCAUUGUGUGUGAUGUAUUGGCACCCUGUUCAGUGUGUUCCAAAUGUAAACAAAUUAUUUUAACAUAAAUAAAUGCCUUAACUGCCCUUAGACUUCCAUUAUGAGUGAAUACGGUUUAAUCCCAACCCGCUAUCAACCCGUCCAUAACCUACAGAUGCGGUGAACAGGAAUGAGGUUGAAACUUGUUGUUUUUUGUUUGUUCGAACGCCUCGUCACACAUUCAGUAGCAAAUCCAAGUUGCUUAAUGCUGGCACACGACACACGCGGGUCGUUACCCAGCUGCCUCUCAUGGUGCUCAUGUUAUUUUUGGAAAUGUGAAACGUGGCACUUCAUACUGAACGCCACAGCUCUGUUUUUUUUUUUUUUUUCAGUUAGCACACAUUUCAUACACACGGUCUGUUCACCAAGCUGAUGCUGUGCGGAGUUAGUACACAGUUACUGAAACUGCCCCCGUCCAGGCUGAUCUGAGGGUCACUUCGUGCCUUUUUGCCCAGACUGACCCCAGAUCAGCUGGCGCAGGGUGUGUAAUCAGGGGGGGUGAAAUAUCAGUCUUCACUCCUCACGCUGUCGUUUGAAUUUAAACACGUCUCCAUCGUUUGUACUGUAUUUAGCACUGUAUUUUAUUACGGUUGAAUCAUUGUUCCACGUUUUUUUGAUCUUGUUAUUUGUGGUAAACAUUCUAUGCAUUGCUAUCUGACAUCUUUACGCCACGUUAUCCCACAGCAGCCUGUUUUAUUUGCUUAUUAAAAAUGUUCAACCUGUCACCCGUAACCUAAACAAAGAGAUCCGGACUGAGUUAUGAUGUAUAUGUGACUGGUACAGAUUAAAAUCUCAUCAGUCACUAGAAACGUGCAAUAUUAUAAUAGAAGCUGAACUAUUUCAUCCUCUGUACUGAAACACAGGACAUCUGAAGUGACGGCUGCAUGAUGUGCAUAAAGUUCAUGUAUUUAUUAAAUAGAACGUCAUAUUUAAAAUGUAUAACAUUACCUUAAAUGUAAAGGGAUUUUUUUUUAUAUAUAUAAAUCUACUUUUUCAUUUUAUUUUGCAUUGUAAUCCUCACUGUUUGGUCAUUUCAAAUUGCAUUUCCCUUCUUCCAUAAAUAAAAGACAGGUCAUUACAAA